CGCGGCGGCACCGGCGCCGGCCGGCGGCGAGGGGCGGGCCGCCAUGGCGGUGGACAUCACCCUGCUCUUCAAGGCUAGCGUGAAGACAGUGAAGACCCGCAACAAGGCGCUAGGGGUAGCGGCGGGGGACAGCGCCAGGGAUGAGCUGCUCAAGCGAAGCAUCGCCCGCUCCAAGAGCGAUUUCACCAGCCGAGCCCGAGAGGUGAUUUCUCACAUUGGAAAGCUGAAAGAUUUUCUUCUGCAACACAGAAAGGAUUACAUUAAUGCUUACAGCCAUAUUAUGUCUGAGUAUGUGAGGAUGACAGAUACAGAGCGUGACCAGAUAGAUCAAGAUGCUCAGAUAUUUAUGAGGACGUGUGCUGACGCCAUUCAUCAGUUGAGAACAGAAGCACACAAGGGUGUCCAGUCCACUCAGGUAAAGGAGCAUAGAACAGCUGUCUUGGACUUCAUUGAAGAUUACUUAAAAAGAGUGUGUAAGCUGUAUUCUGAACAAAGAGCCAUCCGAGUUAAGCGGGUGAUAGAUAAGAAGAGACUGUCAAGACUCGAACCUGAGCAGAGCAACGUGUCCAAAACCCCUUUUUCUUCUGAUAAACCCUCACAGAAUCCUUUGGAUGAUUCUGAAGAAAAACUUUCUGCUGAGGAGAACAAAGACAGGAAUUUGCCUGAUGCCCAGAGUAACCUUGGGUUAUGGGGAGAUGGCAAAGGGGAGGAUGAGCUGUCACCUGAAGAAAUACAAAUGUUUGAACAGGAGAACCAGAGGCUCGUUGGUGAAAUGAACAAUCUCUUUGAUGAAGUCAGACAAAUUGAAGGAAAAGUGGUGGAAAUCUCCAGAUUACAAGAGAUAUUCACUGAAAAAGUCCUGCAGCAGGAAACUGAUAUUGACAAUAUCCAUCAACUAGUUGUGGGUGCAACAGAGAAUAUCAAAGAAGGCAACGAAGACAUACGAGAGGCAAUCAAAAACAACGCUGGCUUUAGAGUAUGGAUCCUAUUCUUCCUCGUGAUGUGUUCAUUUUCCUUGCUUUUCCUGGACUGGUAUGAUAAUUAAUUAAAAAGAUAAGAUUAUCUACACUGUAGAACUUCUGCCAUUUUUUCAGUGGGGUGGGGUACAGGGGCCUUCCUCUCCAGCUCGUGCAUUUUUUGUUCAUGCUGCCAUGAUGAAACUUUCCCCCAGUAACUACACCAGUGUAUCCAUCCAGCAGUGCAGAGGGAGCUGGGAGCAUCCAUUUGAAACCCCUUCACCAAACAUAAACCCAGACCUAAUCCUGCAAAGAACACAGAAACCUUUGAGACAGCUGGGAGGAGAGCUACAAGCUGGAGCACAGCUGUCAGGGUUUCAGCAGCUUCACUCACAUUUCUGUGGUGUUUGAUGUCCAGCUCCCGCCUGCAGACCCCAUCGAGAGAAAACUGCUGCUGUGCAGAAGCAGCUGCGCUGUCUCAGGCUUUUAUUUAAUCACACCACUUCAGUACACAGUGAUCACUUUGCACAUGUAUGACCUCUACUUCUAACUCUUUCAAACGACUCGAGCUGGAGGCCAGGUUGAUUUCAGCGAUAAUAAUGGUAAGAAGUCAACUGAAGAGCUUUACUUGGGGGUGAAGAGCGAGAAUACAACACAGACUGUGCAGUGAAACAUGGCAACACAGCCAAAGGAUAGACAGCAUUAAAAGGCAGACUCUUCCAAGUAUUAAAAUUGGGAGCAGUUUGUUUACUUAAAACAAAAAAAGCCUUAAAACCAACUCGAUC